CGGGCCAGUUUUGAGCAUUAUCAAUUGCGAAAUGUACUUGCAGCCACGGAUCGUAAUAACGUCUUUUACGUGUCGACUGGCAAUCGGGUGAUGCGAGCAUCGCUGGCAUGCCCUACCUCGCAAGAGACAGUGAUGAAUCUCAGCAAGCCGUCCAACACAGCCGCAGGGUUUCGUAUCACUUGUCUGUCGGCUUCGUCGCGGUCGAUGGCACCGGGCAGUGUGACUGACAAUGUGUUGAUUGCCGGCGGAUUCCACGGAGAGUAUGCAGUGCUGAACGUCGAAGGCGAGCAGCGGCAACCCUCGGAAGGCUUUGUCACACACGCGUACAACGGCCUCGUCACUCAUGUCCAUAAUUAUCAAGACCGUCGAUCGGGCUUGCUUCGUGCAGCAUUCUGCUCGAAUGAUCACCAGGUACGGCUGAUGGACCUGCACAAACUCACAUUCACAAACACGUUCCACUACGAUCAUGCGAUCAAUUGUGCUGCCACUUCCACCGAUGGCCGCCUACGUGUGCUCGUUGGCGAUAGUACCGACACCAUGAUCACUGACGCAGAUCGCGGCGUGCCCCUCGUGACGCUCCGAGAGCAUACCGACCAUGCUUUUGGAUGUGCCUGGUCUCCCAACGGCCGACAUGUGGCCACGGCUGCGCAGGAUGGUGGUGUUGUGGUCUGGGAUGCCCGGAGUUGGAAGCAACCAUUGUGUAGGUUCGAAAGCAGCAUGUCAUGUGCUCGAUCACUCCACUUCACGGACAAUGGUGCUCUCGUGGCUGCAGAGAACGAGGACAUUGUGACCAUUUACGAUGGGCCCAGCUUUGGCCACAAGCAAGAGAUCCGUUUCUUUGGGUCCAUUGCAGGCGUGACGUUGCUGGAUGGAGGAGCAGAACUCGCCGUCGCCAAUGCCGACAAGACUCUUGGAGGAUUGCUCACAUUCGAGCGACGAUUCCCGGGU